UGAUGACGUCACAUUGCUGGGUUAUCGGUACAGUCUGACGGCGCGCAGCGUGACUCACCCUGAGCACUGAGCGACUAAUACACACGCUGGCAAAGAAGCUUGAUGAACGGAUCGAAAAAUCCGAUGGUGUUGUUGUUUUGGUGAGAGCAUUCCCCCGGGCACCUGUGCUGGUGUUCACGUGUCUGAAAUCACGCAUCGUUCAUUCAUCAAAAAGCGAAACCAGAAGGACCCGGAAGUAAACCCAACCGCUUGCUCGUCACGUGAUAACGAACGAGCCGUGAAAAAGAAGAAUCUUCAUCUUCACCGUCGUCUUAGCUGGUCUGAAAAUCAAUCGGCUUUAUCAGGCAUCGAUCAGUUGUGGACCCGGAUCUGCCAUGACGUCCAGCGCUCCAGGGCAAGCCAUCCAGAAUAAGACCAAUUUGGCCAUACUGGCAGAACUGGACAAAGAGAAGCGUCGGCUGCUGCAGAACCAGUCAGUCAACAACCCUGGCGCCAGUAUCUCUCUCUCCAGACCAAGUCUGAAAGAGUUCCGAGAUAACGCCGAGCAGCAACAUAUCGCUGCCCAACAGAAGGCUGCCCUGCAGCAUGCCCAUGCCCACUCAUCAGGGUUCUUCAUCACGCAGGACUCGUCCUUUGGUAACCUCAUCCUCCCGGUCCUUCCCCGCUUUGAGCCUGACAACUAACCAGCCGACCCUGCACAUGCGCACACAGUGUAUUUUGUCUGGAUAUGUAUCUAGAAAAGAGAGAGCUGUUUCGGAUGUCUAGAUGUGUAUCUAGAAAAAGAGAGAGCUGUUUCGGAUGGCUAGAUAUGUAUCUAGAAAGAGAGCGGUUUCUGAUGUCUAGAUGUGUAUCUAGAAAGAAAACUGUUUCUGAUGUCUAGAUAUGUAUCUAGAAAGAGAGAGUUGUCUCUGACGUCUAGACAUGUAUCUAGAAAAGAAAAACGGUUUCUGAUGUCUAGAUAUGUAUCUAGAAAGAGAGAGUUGUCUCUGAUGUCUAGAUAUGUAUCUAGAAAAAAACUUUCUGGUGUCUAGACAUGUAUCUAGAAAGAGAGAGAGAGGGCUGUUUCUGGUAUCUAGAUAUGUAUCUAGAAAGAGAGCCAUUUCUGAUGUCUAGAUAUGUAUCUAAACAGAGAGAGCUUUUUCUCGACCAACAGUUUGUCAUUGUUAAAAUAGAUUUUGUCUUUUAAUGUAAAACUUCAUAAAAAUCAAUAAAUUUUCAAAACUACUGACA